UGUUGCGAAACGCAAUGUUUUUAGGCCGCUUGUUGAAAUAAAACACCAGAUUGUGCGUUUUCGUAAAUGAAUUGCGUUGUUCAAUGUUGGUAACAAUGAGAUGAGAAUCGUCGAUGAUACUUAGUGUAAGGAUAUUAUGCUGCCUUGGACGAAAGCGAAGAUUGUGAUUGUCGGUGAUGGAGCAGUUGGGAAAACAUCAUUGGUUAUGACAUACACGGAAGAUGUGUUUCCAGGAGAGUAUAUCCCAUACGUUGUGGACACAUGUGUGAUAAACAAAAUGAUCGAUGGAAAACCAUUUACUUUUGAGCUUUGGGAUACACCAGCACAAGAUGGUUAUGACCGCCUUAGACCCACGUGUUACAAAGACACGGACGUGUUUUUCGUAUGCUUUUCAAUAGCAGAACCAGUUUCUCUAGAAAGUGUAACGGAAAAGUGGUACCCCGAAGUGAGCCUUCACGCUCCUAGUACACCGAUAUUUCUGGUCGGAACCAAACUUGAUCUAAGAAACGACGAAAAGACCCUUGAAAUUUUGAAGUCACGUGAUGUAAGUCCAGUCACAACCGCGCAGGGAUUGGAAACAAUGAAGACGAUUGGUGCCUGUAAAUAUAUUGAAUGUUCAUCUCUGACUAGGGAAAAUUUAGAACACUUAUUUCACGAAGUAACACGAUUUGUUCUUGACGCCGCUAAGCGUAAGAAACGAAAAUGUGUGGUCAUGUGAAAUGAAUUAAAUACAUGCUUGGAUGUUAGCACUGAUUCCGGGGGGGGGCAGCCUAAUUAUUCCCUUUGGAGGAGCCAAUGUCUUCCACUUCAAGCAUCUGAAAUGCAUUAAAUGUGACAGGGAUAUUGAAGAA